AGAUGUCUGAUAAUAUUGACUGGUUACACAGCCCCAGGGGUGUGUGCAAGGUUGAUCUGUAUAGCCCAAAAGAACGGCAAGAACAGGAACGGAAAGUGAUAUGUUUUGUCGAUGUGUCCACCCUCAAUGUGGAAGAUAAAGGUUCCAAGGAUGCUGGUGGUUCCAGUUCAGGUGGUGACUUAGCCCUGGAGCAUCUAGAAGAAACAGAAAUUAUUGUAAUCAAGGAUACUGAGAAGCAAAACCAGUCUAAGAUGGAGGGAUCUGUAUGCCUUUUCAAACAAGCUCCCUCUAAUCCUAUAAGUGUUCCAAAUUGGCUUCUAAAUGAUCUCCAGAAGUAUGCCUUGGGUUUCCAACAUGCACUAAGCCCCGCAGCCUCUAGCUGUAAACAUAAAAUAGGAGAUGCAGAAGAUGAACAUCACAAAAUACCCUCUGCAAACUGCUACAGUGUGUAUGCUGAUCAACUGAACAUCGAUUAUACGGCCAACAGACCUCAAAGUCUACAUCUAGAAAUGACAGCAGCCAAAAAUACCAACAAUAACCAGAGUCCUUCCACCCCUUCAGCAAAAUCUUCUAGCACACAUAGAGCAGUAAUCUCUCCUGAGGGAGAAUGUUCCAUGGAUGACCUUUCCUUCUACGUCAACCGACUAUCUAAUCUGGUAAUCCAGAUGGCCCAUAAGGAAAUCAAGGAGAAGUUGGAAAGUGGAAGCAAGUGCUUUCAUCAUUCAAGCUAUCCACCCUCUGGGGACAAAGGUAAAAACAGCCCACGCAGUGCUGUGAGCAAGAUCGCUUCUGAAAUGGUCCACGAUGCUGUAGAAAUGACCUCUGCAGAAAUGCGGGGUACUGGGGAAGAGGGCAGGGAAGGUGGCCGGAAAACGUUUAUGUAUAGUGAAUUAUCCACCAAGAACAAAGGGGGAGACAAACAGAUGUGCCAAAGAGAAAACAAAGAAUUUACAGACUCUCUCAGUAAAGGGCUCAUGGUUUAUGCAAAUCAAGUGGCAUCUGACAUGAUGGUUUCUGUUAUGAAGAGCUUGAAAGUGCAUACUUCUGGGAAGCCAAUUCCUGCCUGUGUGGUCCUAAAGAGGGUGUUGUUAAAACACACCAAGGAAAUUGUGUCCGACUUGAUUGACUCCUGCUUAAAGAACCUGCAUAAUAUCACUGGGGUCCUGAUGACUGACUCUGACUUUGUCUCAGCUGUCAAAAGGAAUCUGUUCAACCAUGGAAAGCAAAAUGCUACAGAUAUAAUGGAGGCCAUGCUGAAGCGCCUGGUUACUGCUCUGCUUGGAGAGAAAGAGACUAAAUCACAGAGUCUGUUGUAUGCAUCUUUGAAGGCCGGAUCCCAUGACCUCAAAUGCAAGAACCAAAGUAAAAACCAAAGUCUCGAAUUCUCCUCCAUGAAAGCUGAGAUGAAGGGGAAGGACAAAUGCAAAAUAAAACCAGAUGAGUGCAAGUCUUUGAUUAGUCCUGAGAGAGUCGGUGAACACAUCCUCAAGGAGAGCCUGACCAUGUGGAACCAAAAACAAGGAAACCAAGGCAAGAUGCCUGGCAAAGCAUGCACCAUUAAGGAAGGAAAAAGAGAAAAGAUUAGCCCUUCCACAGAUUCACUGGCAAAGGACUUGAUUGUCUCUGCCCUUAUGCUGAUUCAGUACCACCUGACCCAGCAGGCCAAGGGCAAAGAUACACUUGAAGAAGACUGUCCUGGUUCUACCAUGGGUUAUAUGACUCAGAGUGCCCAAUACGAAAAGAAUGCAAGUGGCCAAAGUGCUAAAGCACUUUCAAUGAAACAUUUAGAGUCUCGUGGAGCUCCUGGGUCAUCUAGCUCUGUAAAGGAGGCUCAACAGGCAGACUGCCAAAAGACAGAUAUGUCAAACAUUGUUCUGUCACUGAUUCAGAAACUGCUCAAUGAGAGCACCUUCAACAGGGACAGUCAGAGCACCUCCAACAGUGAUGAGCAAUAUGAAGCUGAGAGCAAGCCUUCUGAGUUCAAUUCUAACAAAGCAACUUGCAUGUCCGAGAGAGGGGAAGAACAAUUUCAGGACAAUUCAGAAUUUGACUUUGUCAGUGGGACGAAGCAAAUGAACCGGCAAUUCAUCGAUCAACUGGUAGAAUCUGUGAUGAAGCUGUGCCUUAUCAUGGCUAAGUAUAGCAACAACAGGGAAGCCCUUGCUGAGUUGGAAGAACAAGCAGCCUUGACAAACAACCCCAGUUACCAGCCUGGUGGCCCCAGAUGUAGUCACGAAGGUGCAAUGUCACAGAACAAUCAAGAGUUUCCUGGGCCAGAAGUCAUCAUCAAUAAUCAGUGCUCAACAAGUAGCUUGCAGAAGCAGCUCCAGGCUGUCCUGCAGUGGAUUGCAGCCUCCCAAUUUAAUGUGCCUAUGCUUUAUUUCAUGGGAGAUGAUGAUGGACAACUGGAGAAGCUUCCAGAAGUAUCAGCUAAGGCAGCAGAGAAGGGAUACAGUGUCGGAGAUCUCCUUCAAGAAGUUAUGAAGUUUGCCAAGGAACGACAGCUGGAUGAAGCCGUUGGCAACAUGACUAGAAAACAACUGCUGGACUGGCUGCUCACUAACCUGUGA